CACCUUUGGCUUGUUCUUGUAGUCAUGGAGUACAUGCAAGCCCCGGCAUCAAGCACACAAGGCAACAUCCUGUGCUCUAUGUGUGGCAUUGCCAUUCCUCCAAACCCAGCCAACAUGUGCGUCUCCUGCUUGAGGAAUAAAGUGGACAUCUCGGAAGGAAUUCCCAAACAAGUCUCCGUCCAUUUCUGCAGGCAGUGUGAACGGUACCUGCAGCCUCCGGGGACGUGGCUCCAGUGCGCUCUGGAGUCCCGCGAGCUUCUGGCUCUGUGCCUUAAGAAACUCAAGGCUUCUGUGGCAAAGGUGAGACUUAUCGAUGCAGGCUUCUUAUGGACGGAGCCGCACUCUAAAAGAAUCAAGAUGAAGCUGACCAUCCAGAAAGAGGUCAUGAAUGGAGCCAUUCUGCAGCAGGUGUUCGUGGUGGAGUUCGUCGUUCAGCCUCAGAUGUGUGAGGAUUGCCAUCGGGUGGAGGCCAAAGACUUCUGGAAAGCAGUCGUGCAAGUCAGAUAGAAG